AUGGAGUCUCGCCACAAAGCUACCAAGGGUGCUGAGGCCGCCGAUGGCAACUCGGUUCGUGGGACGCGCUACGAAGAUCAGUUCUUCAAGACCAAGCUCUGCAUGUUCUGGGAGAAGGGCGCGUGCACGCGUGGUUCGAACUGCAAGUACGCACAUGGUGACAAGGAGCUGAACGAAAUGCCCAACCUCACCAAGACGUCUCUUUGCAAAGACCUGCUCACAACAGGCACCUGCACAAGGAGUGAUUGCCUCUUUGCGCACAGUGUGCAGGAGCUCAGGGCUACCAACAAGUUCUACAAGACUUCCAUGUGCAGUUUUCAUCGGGUUGGUCAGUGCAAGCUGGGUGCGGCCUGCCGCCAUGCGCACGACCCAUCGGAGCUGACGGAGAUCUCACGAGUGAAGGCCUUGACUCUCGAUGACGCGGAGGUGGGCGGAAUGGGCCCAUCUGGACGAACAGCUGCACGUCGCGGGCCUCGAAAGAGCCGUGCCGAGAAAAGCGCAAAGAAGAUCCUGGUGAGCACUGCGGAAGAGGAGGAGGACGACGAAUUCCCCGAGACUCCGACCUGGGAGAGGAUGACAACUUCGCCGCCCACCCUGGGGUGGCUUCCAACUGCUGCUUUCCAGCCCGUGUCGCCAGAGGGCUUCAAUGCUCCUAGCGUCUCAUCGAACUCCACGGCCACGGGCGGUGCUGCAACAGCGUCGCAGCACUCCGAUGACCAGGAUGAUGAGCUGGAUGAUGUUUGCGAUAUGUGGGCUCGCAUGAAGACCGUGCCCGCACCUGUUGUUGCCGCAGGUACACCGAUGGACAGGCCCUCAGUGAGUCUUACAAUUCCAGAUGUUAAUGGAGCAACGGAACUCGAGUUGGCUCGGAGAAUCUGCUAG